GCCGGCGACUGGAGACGCAGCUAUCAGUGCGAUGCUGCUGCCGGAGCUGCUGCUAAUCGGUCUGGCCGUCUCCCUUGCAGACGGUUACGAUCGCAGUGUCAACUACUGGGAGGCCUUUGCCCCCGGCAAGCUGCUCCAGCGUCUGGAUGCGCUAACCGUCACCGAUGUGGAUCCCUCGAAGGCGGCCAAGCUGCCGGAGAUAAUGGAGCCCGUCUUGGCGGCCAACGAAGCUCAGGCCAAGGUGGACGAGGAUGUGGAGGUGGAUGUAGAUGCAUCUGCGGCAGCGGCAGACGACGAAGUGGACAGCCUGAGUGCAGAGACCAGCCACGAGGGAUUUUCCGGCGAGGAUUACGAGCGCAACUACGAGCAGUUCGUCAAGGAAUACUUCGAUCGGGCUGCCGACACCGAUGACGACCACGACGAUCUGGAGGAGGAGACCCAGGCGGAGGCCACCAAUGUCAAGGAUCAGCACUGUCGUCGCGUGAAGCGAAAGGAUGGCCAGCUGUGCGAGAUCUGUCGCCAGCUAAAGAACAACGAGGUGUCGGAAACGUGCAGCUACUCACACGACGAUCAGCCGGAGCAGUAUGCCUUUGGCAGUGGCACCCAGUACAAGCGCUACCGCGAAGAUCCCGCCAAGAAGGCGGCAAGUCCAGAGGAGUCGGUGGCACCCAGCAGCCUGUGCGUCCGUCGCCAGAAGGAGAACAGCGUCUGUUACGAGUGCAAGGACAGCAAGGGACAGAAGAUCGAUCGUUGCUACGAUAUCAAAUCGAGGAAGGCCAAGACCAGAAAGAAGAAGGCCUCCUCCUCCAUCUCCACUUCGUCGCCUCACAAACGGAAGCCGCGUUCCCAGCAAUCCCAGCAGUCGGAGCAGGAGCAGCGCAUCUACAAGCGCACCAUCAGCUACAGCUAUGCCCAAGGAAUGGAUCAGAAGGAGGAGCCGCUUGCAGUUGGGUCAACGGAUCUUCCGAUGCCCCGCCAACGUCGCCGGCGGCUGGUGAAGAUCACCCGCAGACGCGGUCCUGUCCAAGUUCAGUGAUGCUUCUCUUGUUUUUUUUUAUCGUCUAACUCAUUGUAUACCCCACUCAGUAGCUUAGAUUAAUUAUUACACAAUUUUUUGUUACAAUAAAACAUUUUUUUAAGAACACGUUGCAUACUUGUGGGCUAAUCAGCUAGCAAAGAUUAGGAAAUUAAAAAAGGAAUCAAGAAAAAUGUAAUAAAAAAAAUCCUUCAAGAUAAAACUUCGAAAAUGAGAUUGGAAAUCAAAACUAGAAUAAAAUGUAUUUAAAAUUACCCGAGAACCCAUAAUAUGGAGAAAUCCUGUGAAGUUCUAUAUUAUCCAAUUUGCUACCAUUUAACAAAAAAAAAAAAACAAUAAAUAAGAACAAACAUUGAAUUUGCUUGUAAUUUUACUCAGAAAUUAAUGAUGAAAUUUUGUUAUAUUUAAAAAUCCCACUUCCUGGAGAAUUUAAAGGUAUGAAGAACAUACAAUUCAUUGAAGAAACCAAAAAUAAAUUAUGUUAUUCCAUUCAAAAUAUCAAACACAAAUCAAUCAAGCAAAAUUGUUAUGUGGAAAGUAAAUUAUAAUAGUGGUCUAUGAAAAUAUAUACCUUCUAAAGUUAACAACAAAUUUAUAAAUAAACAUUGUGUAAUAAAUAAAUUACAAAACAAUAAGGCAAUGCAAAUUGAAAUUGUUCCAACGUGACAAUAAUAUUUUCCAUCUCCAUAAAAUCUUAUAAGCGUGGAUAAAUGAGACUCUUUGAAUUGAUUUCAAUUGAACAACAAAACUUUCACAAAAGUCGUUUAUUAGUGCGAUUUCGGGUUUCAGCGAUUUCCUAGUCGUUUUAUUUAAUUAUAAAACCACAAACAUUUUGUUUACAUUAUCAAAGAACUGCGACAAUUUGCAAUUAAACAUACUCACUCAAAGAACAUUCCGAACAUUGACUUAACUUUAAUUUUUUAGCUGCCAUAAAAAGAUUUUUAAUUUGUCAUUUGGAAAGGGACAGCUAGAGAGCAGUUGAAAAGUUGAGAGAUAUAGAAAAGUAAUGUGAUAAAUGCAGCAUUCGGAAUUUUUUAACGUUUCGAUUAGUUAGGAUCACAUAAAUUUUAACAUGAAAUCAACCUUAAACACAUAAAGGGUCUGAAACCGACAUUUUAGUCUAGAAAAUUUAUAUUUUCCAUUUUUCUAUUGUUGCUGCGGUGCUUUGUGCUAAAAAAUUGACAUUAAAUAAUUUUGCCAUGUAA